UGGAGGUCAAUCCUACCCUUGCGCAGGGAAAUAAUCAAUGCCUCGGCUCUUUUCUGAGAUCGCACUGCUGUUGCCACGUGGCACUUUGCCUAAUAAAGAACUCCAACGAAAUAGGGAGGAGGAGGAGGAGAAAGGAGGAGGACGAGGAGGUGGAGGAGGAGGAGGAGGAGAGAAGAAGACGAAGGAAGGAGGAGGAGGAGGAGAGAAGAAGACGAAAGGAGGAGGACGAGGAGGACGAGGAGGACAAGGACGAGAGAAGAAGAUGAAAGGAGGAGGAGGAGGAGGAGGAGGAGGAGGAGGAGGAGGAGGAAGAGAAGAGGAAGAGGAGGAAAGGAGGAGAAGAGGAAGAAGAAGAAGACGAAAGGAGGUGGAGGCGGAGGAGAGGAAGAAAAAGAAGAAGAAGAGGAAGGAAGGAUGUGGAGGCGGAUACACCACGAGGGAACAGGACUAUGACGGGCGGCGACGAUGGGGAGGGCUGCUCGACGGGGCAGGUCAACGGGGAGUGAUGACGCGCGGGCUUCAAGACGGCAGCAACGGCGACAGCGACCGACGACGGGGCACCUCGAUGACAUCGACGGAGCACAGCUCGAUGGCGAUGAUGGGGCAGCUCUACGCGGAGUGACGACUGGCGGGCUUGGAGACGGCAGCAACGGUGGGCUUCGGAAAUGCAUCGAAGCGGGAAUACAGCGUUCGAAUUCGAACGC